UUGAAAAUGCUGUCAUGCUGUCUGUGCUGUGCUGAAUUUGCUUGUUUUCGUUUUUCGAUUAAAUUCAUUUUGUUCUUUAUAGCAAAUUGUCUUUGAUUUAUUAGUAAAUCAAUUGUUUAACUGUGCUGUGACUUAUAAAUAUAUACUUUAAACAAGCAAGAUAUUACAAUGGAGAAAGAACUAGACAAAGUAAUAGAAGAGAUAAUGUCAACGCCGAACGUGAACGGAUGCUUAGUGGCGGACCAUCAGGGCCUGUGUCUGGCAUCCAAGGGCACUGCUCACGUUGACUCAGCGGGCAUCAUCGUGGCCCUAUCUGACCAGGCGUGUAAACUGCAGCCUAAUCUGAAGCCGCCCACUUUGAGUUUGGAGACCGAUAAAAAACAAUGCCUCAUUCAAAGACAUGGAACAAUUACUGGCGCGAUUUUUAAACAGAAAUCAUAGUUUUCGACCAUUAUUAUGAGACUGACAAUAUGCUGAAAAAUAUUAUGACAAGAAUGUAAUCAUUUUUAAUUCACUCGUAAAACAUACAGAUACCUAAAACCAACAUAAAGUUUGUCAAUUUCAAAUCAUAAGUUAUUAUGAACAAAAAAUAUUUCAUAGGAUUAAUGGGAAUUGAUAAAAAUUAAUAUCUGUCUCAUCUACUAAGUGAGACAACGAUAAACAUUUCACAAACAAUUUCUUAUGAUGUGUUGAUGAAUCCCAAGUUUUCCUUUCACUUCUGAACUGUGAUUUGACGAGAGACAAAUCGUUAUUCUGAAAUUUCCAUAUUUCUUAUUAUAUAUUUUUUUCUUGGACAUAAAAUUGAAUGAGAGGAAAUUUAUUUUGGUUUGAUAUUUAAAAAUUUUAUUUCAAAUGUUAUUGCAUGUUGGUUUAAAGUAUGUAUAAGAAAAUAUAUGUUAGUAAUAAGACUGUAUAUAAAUAAACAUUUGUAAUACUUA